AUGUGGUCGUUGUCGACGAAGGCUCAACGCUCGAGGAUUGAGCAGGAAGACGACUCCGAGGAGCUCGAUGGCGCGGCCAAGGAGCUGGAGGCCGAGGAGCUUCCCUCCGACGAUGACGACGGGGCCGGGGUCACCGAAGAAGACGACGACGAAGACUGCUCCGAAGACGAAGACGAGGCCGGAGCAGAAGACGACGAGGGCUGCUCCGAGGAGGAAGCCGACGACGAAGCCGACGACGAGGCCGACGACGAGGCCGACGACGAGGACUCGGACGAGGUGGAAGCCGACGACGAAGCCGAAGCCGACGACGAGGACGAGGGCUGCUCCGAUGAAGAGGAAGCCGAAACCGACGAGGACGACGAGGGCUGCUCCGACGAGGAGGAAGCCGAAGUCGACGAUGAAGACGACGAUGGCUGCUCCGAGGACGACGAAGCAGACGACGAGGACGACGAGGGUUGCUCCGAGGACGACGAAGCAGACGACGAAGCCGACGAAGAAGCCGACGACGACGAAGACGACGCCGACUCGGAAGCCGACGACGAGGACGACGCUGACGACGACUCAGACGACGACGAGGGCGCCGACGACGACGAAGCAGGGGCCGACGAAGAAGAGCUCGACUCAGAUGCAGACGACGAAGCUGACGAGGAUCCCGAAGCCGACGAAGAUGACGACUCAGACGAGGUCGAGCUGCUGCUAGGAGCAGCAGACGACUCGGAGCUCGACGACGAGGACGACGAAGAACUCGACGAGUUGUCAGUAGUAGGCUCCGAGUGCUCAGACGACGACUGA